AAUUUAUAACAUCUAUAGAUAACAAUUUAUUACGAAUGUGACUAUAUCAAUGUAGAACAUAACUAAAAAGGUCGAAAGCAUCGUGCCAGCAUCAGCUACCAAAAUAUUAUCAUAAAAAUUUACGUCUCUUUCAUCCUAUCUACUUCCUUUAUCAUUUUGACAGUCAGUACUCAGUAGUAGUUAGGUAAUGUUCUAACGAGGUCAACAUUAAACAAAAGAAAUUCUAAAUAUCGAAUUAAAGCAUUAAUUAACAGAAUUAACAUUAAUAUUGUUAAAGUGGAAAAGGUGCUUCUUAAAAACAAAGGUCCAUUUUACAUUAUGAUAAACCCAUGACAACUAUACAAGGCAUGACGUAUGACAUCUCCCAAAUUUUGACAAUCGAUACACAAAAUUAAAGAUGCGUUCACAUUAUGCCUCAAUUAAGUUCUCCACGAGUAUGUAUAAUCGGCGCAGGUAUUGCCGGAAUAACGUCAGGAAAAAAUUUACAAGAUCAGGGAAUCAAUUUCACCAUUUUAGAAGCUACGACUACUUUCGGAGGCACUUGGAGAUACGAACCAAGAGUGGGAGUGUAUGAAAAUGGCCUUCCAGUGUUCUCAAGCAUGUAUAAACAUUUAAGAACUAAUCUACCAAAGCCCACAAUGGAACUGUCAGGAUUUCCGAUACCUGAUGAUGUACCGUCUUUCCCCACAUGGGAGGUCUACUACAAAUAUUUACAGCGAUAUGUACAGUAUUUUCAAUUAGAAAAAUAUAUGCAGUUUCAACACUAUGUAACGCGUGUCUCCCGGGUGAAUGGUGUCUGGAGAGUGCGGCACAAAUAUCUUCCUACUGGUGAUGAGAUAGAAAAUGAAUUCGAUUACGUCAUCGUUGGUACGGGACACUUCAAUCAACCUAACAGACCUGUUGUAAACGGAGAGCAUCUUUUUAAAGGUAAUGUCAUUCAUAGUCACGACUAUAGAGAGCCAGAUUCGUACAGAGGUCGCAAAGUACUCAGUGUCGGAGCAGGUCCAUCUGGGCUGGACAUAACUCUUGACAUCGCCACUGUAGCAGACACAAUUUACCACAGCCACCAUUCACCAAUGAACUUUAAAACACAAUUUCCACCGAACUACGUAAAGAAGCCAGACAUAAAGGAGUAUAACCAGACUGGAGUUCUGUUCGUUGAUGGGACGUACGCCGAUGUUGACGAUGUUAUUUAUUGCACUGGAUACCUCUUUAAUUUCUCAUUCCUGGACCAGAGUGCAGGUUUAAACAUUAGCGCCAAGAGCGUGAUGCCGCUGCACAAGUUCAUGGUGAACAUCAACGAACCCACACUUAUCAUCGUGGGUCUCAUUGAGAAGGCAUGCCUUGCGAAAGCACUGGAAGCUCAGGCACGAUACACCGCGGCUUUAGUGAAAGGCAAAUUCUCUUUACCCUCAAAAGAGGAUAUGAUGAAGGAGUGGCAGCGGAGAGCUGAUGCAUGUACGGAGCGAGGAUUGACCCAUGGAAAGUUACACUAUUUAGCGGAAAAAGAGGAUGAAUAUUAUGAAGAAUUAUCUCAAGAAUCCGGUAUAGAUAGAGUACCACCUGUUAUUUACAAAAUCCGCCAGACAGACACACAGGCGAAGAUUGAUAAUUUGUACACUUAUCGAAAUUAUGUAUACGAAAUCAUUGAUGACAAUACGUUUCUGAGGAGACUAGAAGGCGAUACUGAAGCACAUUAGUUUUGUCUGGACACCGGGCAUACAUUAUUUUUAUAGGUAUUGUACGGAAUCAUGGGAUAUUCCAAAUACACUGUUCAACGUCAUCCAUAGAGAACUUUAUAGAGUAAACCUUGCCUCAUUAUAUCACGUUUAAGAGCGUGUUAAGGUAAACCAAAACUUUCGGAAUCAGCGGAGUAGCUGCUUUGCUGAAUUUUGAAUAGCCCUGGACAAACAGCAAAAACCUGUCAUUUCCCUCUAAUUUAGAGUGAUGUUACAAUAAAAUCAUUGUUUAUUUUCAAUAUUUAUUGUCAGAAAUGAUUAGUGUAAAUGAUGGUAACAUUAGUUUUAAAUAUUUAAUUAGUUACUACACAACUUUU